CUCGUCGCUGGAGCUGGACCGGGACAGGAGAGCGAGCGGACGGCUCUUCUGCGGAAAGUCAACGCACAUCCAGGGGUUUCUUCCUCGUUUUCCUUCCCUUUUGACUCCUUUUCUUUCUUGGCUUUUCUUCCUGCUGAGAUGAGGAGAUAACCCAAAGGGGACCAGCUGCUCACCAAGUUCAGAAGUUGUUGGAAAGAGUUCGGGGUAGGAGAAGAGGAAGAUGUUGGGCUUGAAGACAGCCGUGCUCUGUCUUCUUUUUGGAGCUCUAACUCACAGCCAGGCGCCAGAGUGCAGGAAGAAGAAUGAAUGUCCGAUAGAUGUGUACUUCACCAUUGACACAUCAGAGACCAUCGCCCUGCAGGAGCCUCCACCUGGAUCGCUGGUGGAAAGCAUCAAGCAAUUCGUGAAACUGUUUGUAGACCGUUUGGAAGAUGCUGAGUACAGAGGAGCUGUGAAGAUCAACUGGAACAUCGGAGGUCUGCACUUUUCUCAGAGACAGGAAGUGAUCAGUCGCAUUGGACCCAAGGCUGAUUUUACAUCACGUCUGGCUCAAAUCCGUUACCUGGGUAAGGGAACCUACAUCGAUUGUGCACUCACCAACAUGACUCAGGAAAUGAUGCGCUCACCAACUCAAGACGCCCUUCGGUUUGCCGUGGUCAUCACUGACGGCCACGUGACUGGAAGCCCGUGCGGAGGCAUCAAAGUGGCAGCAGAGAGAGCUCGAGAUGCGGGGAUUCGGUUGUUUUCCGUGGCAGCAUCGAAGAACAUCGAUGAUAUCGGGAUGAGAGAGAUAGCCAACUCUCCUUCAACAGUCUACAGGGAUGAGUUCAUGGCUGUGGAUCUGAGCCAGGGAAGAGCCAUCUUACAUGAAAAAACCAUCGACCGCAUCAUCAAGACCAUGCAACAUUUGGCUUACACAGAGUGUUACAGCGUGACUUGUCUGGAGACAGAUGGACCCCCUGGUCCCAAAGGCCACAGAGGACAAAAAGGAGCUAAAGGAGACAACGGCGACCCAGGUCCAAAAGGAGAAAGAGGUCGCCCAGGAGACCCCGGUAUUGAGGGUCCCAUUGGUCAGCCUGGUAUCAAAGGAGAGCCAGGUCUUAAAGGAGAGAAGGGAGAGAUGGGAGCUCAAGGGAAAAAGGGUGUAGCUGGUAUCCCAGGACGCAAUGGGACAGAUGGACAGAAGGGUAAAAUUGGACGUAUUGGCGCUCCUGGCUGCAAAGGAGACCCAGGAGACAGGGGUCCUGACGGUUAUCCUGGAGAUGUUGGUGAUCGUGGUCCUUCUGGAACUGACGGAGACAAGGGUGAUCCUGGCCGUCCUGGAAGAUCUGGUCCACUUGGCCCACCUGGGGAUGCUGGACCAAAGGGAGAGAGAGGCAGUCCUGGAUCACCUGGUGUCCCUGGACAGAAAGGAAACCCAGGAACACCUGGACGACCAGGAGAUAGAGGAGAACCAGGUAGAAGAGGAGACUACGGACCAAAGGGGGAACAAGGACGGGACGGUAAUAAAGGAGAUAAGGGUGAACCUGGGCCAGAGGGCACAAGAGGACUAUCAGGUGAAAUGGGAAACAAAGGAGCAAAGGGAGACAAUGGUCUACCAGGCCCCAGAGGACCACCGGGGGCACCAGGAGAGCCUGGGAGAAAUGGUACCAGAGGUGACCCUGGUGAUGCUGGACCAAGAGGAGAGCCUGGACAGGCCGGACCUAAGGGUGACAGAGGAAGACCUGGUUUUAGCUAUCCCGGACCACGUGGCUCAUCGGGUGACAGAGGAGAGCGUGGUAACCCUGGACCUCGUGGUGGCAGAGGAGACUGUGGCCAGAAAGGCGAGCCUGGUGUUAAAGGAACUCCAGGAGAGCCUGGCGAGCCAGGACCUCAGGGUGAACCCGGCCCUAGAGGACUGAGAGGAGAUCCUGGGCGAGAUGGAUAUCCUGGCCCUGAGGGAGACCCUGGCCUCACUGAAUGCGAUGUCAUGAACUACAUCAGAGAAACUUGCGGCUGCUGUGACUGUGAGAAACGCUGUGGAGCUCUGGACAUUGUGUUUGUCAUCGACAGCUCAGAGUCGGUGGGUCUGACCAACUUCACCCUGGAGAAGAACUUCGUCAUCAACACCAUCAACAGACUGGGAUCUCUGGCCAAAAACUCACAGUCAGAGACAGGCACCAGAGUGGGAGUAGUUCAGUACAGCCACAGUGGAACCUUCCAGGCCAUCCGACUCGACGACCCAAAGAUCGAUUCACUGUCUGCUUUCAAGGAUGCUGUGAAACGUUUAGAGUGGAUCGCUGGAGGAACAUGGACCCCCUCUGCUCUGAAGUACGCUUAUGACAACCUGAUCAGAGACAGCCGCAGAGCCAAAGCCAAAGUCACUGUGGUUGUUAUCACAGACGGACGCUUCGACCCCAGAGAUGACGACUCUCUGCUCACCUACCUCUGCAGUGAUCCCAGUGUUGAUGUGAGUGCCAUCGGUAUUGGAGACAUGUUCGACCAGAUUGAGGAGAAUGAGAUCCUGAAGAGCAUUUCCUGCCAGAAGGACAGCAGGGUGCUGGGCAUGAGGCGCUUUUCAGACCUGGUGGCUGAGGAGUUCAUUGACAAGAUUGAAAAUGUCCUUUGCCCAGAUCCUAUUGUUGUUUGCCCCGAUCUGCCAUGUAAAUCAGAGCCUGCCGUGGCGAGCUGCGUUCAGCGGCCAGUCGAUGUGGUAUUCAUGCUGGACGGCUCUGAGAGGAUGGGCCUGGAGAACCACCGCAGGGCUAAAGAGUUCAUCGAGAACGUGGCUAAUCGUCUCAUCCUGGCUAACAGCAACACAGACGAGAGGCAUGCCCGCUUCGCUCUGUUGCAGUACGGCAGUCCUUCAGAGCAGAGGGUGGAGUUCCCGCUCACUCACAAUAUCACAGUAAUCUCAGAUUCACUGGCAGGUGUCAACUACAUAGACUCCUCUUCAGCUCUCGGCAGUGCAAUCAUCCACGCUGUCAACAAUGUGGUGACAGAGCGAGGAACACGCUCAGCUCGUCGCAACGCUGAGCUGGCCUUCGUGUUCAUCACCGACGGCAUCACCUCCAGUGAACAGCUGGAGGAGGGCGUGUCUGCCAUGAGGCGAGCGGAGGGCGUCCCCACGGUCAUCGCCAUGGGCUCAGACACAGACGAAGAGGUGCUGCGGAAAGUGUCAUUAGGGGACAUGUCAGCCAUCUUUAGAGGAGAUGAUUACACCAUGCUGAACAAACCAGCGUUCUUUGAGCGCUUUAUCCGCUGGAUAUGCUAGUGAGGAACUGUAACACAACACACCAUAGAGUUAGAAACCACAGAAUGAAAGAAGGGCCUGCUUCUUCAGUGUACACGUAACACACACAACUCUAUGACCAUUAUCAUUACUGGAUAUCAGACACUGAGGUUACAAUAUAUCCAGUUCAUAGGGGUAAAAAGUAGCUCAAACAAAUCACUUUAUACCAGGAGAUAACACAAAUACAUCACUGCACAACACCAUUACAUGAUUCUUUUCGAAGUCUAUGGUCACCUCUUCCAUCCAAAGACACUCACAAGUAUCCAAGAGGAAAGUUGUAUGUUUACUGAAUGUGUAUGAAGCAAAUUGUAGGCUUCUUGUUGUUUUUAUUUGUAAGGUUUUACAUUUGCAAAAGUUUCCUCUUUCUCUCUGUUUACACAAAGUAUUAACAUAAAAGGUGCUAAAGUUAAGAAAUUAAUGACAACACCAUCUGAGUGGUUCUGAAGACUUUUUCUAUGUCAUGUUUGCUGUAGUUUGUCCAGGGGAUUUUAACAUGUAGACAAACAUUCUCAAGUGAAAAAAAAUUGCACAUAAACGCCCCACUAUCAGCCACACAAGAAGACAAACAAUCACUGCAUACUGUUUAGAAAUACAGUGACAGACAAAAAAAUGAAAGAAAUCUGUAAACAUGAAGUCCAAAUAAAGCCUAAUGUGACCCCGA